CUCGGUCUCAACAACAGCUGACAAUGCAUCCACUGGGGGUAGCUGCUCCGCUGCUGGCUCUGCUGGCGGCGAACGGCACUACGGUGCUCGACUGUGUCUGCCAGAAGAUCUACAUCUCCAACUUCCAGGGCUACGGUGCAGACUGGAUGUAUAGCGCCUACUGUAGAGAAUUCAGACACAGUGGCGUGUUGAUAGCCGGCAAGACCCUGCAGUAUCGGUCCAUCGCGGUGGGUGCGAUGCUUCGCCUGAUAACGAGCUGGACGCUGCCACCCUGGAGCCUCGGGUACGAGGGGUGUGACGACGGGCUGGCUGCUCUCGCCGGCCUCACUGACGCCACGGCCAACGACCAGCUCGCUAUGGACCUCGCGUGCUUCGUCGCUGCCGACUGCAUCGACUCCUGCUCUGCGUCGGGGUCUAACAUCACGGAGUGGAACGUGGAAACGCUGACCUCGGACGGUCAGAGGGGUCCUGUCCUCUCCAAAUUACUGCGCACCCUUCGGCACAUCACAAAAGCCAUAAGCCUGGGCAAAAAAUGCGCCGGGCGCCAUAAAUGGAAUUUUCUCCAGCGGCACAUGAACAAAACAGAACUGGAGGCCGAGGUGCCCGCCUACCUGGAACACGUCUCCAGCUACUCACGGAAUGUUGCCCAGUUGCUCUCACAUGGUGUGAGGCAUAUAUCAGCAGCUUUGGUUCCGUUCGCAUUCGAGAUCAUGAAAACGGACCCGAAUGAUGAGCUACUCAGUACCUGGAUUAAUCACGUGGAGCAUAUGAGGGACAUGCUACACACGAAAUUAAGGGGCUGGAUACAGGAUAUGCAAUACGUCAGCGAGCAGACAGCGAAUUACAAGGUGGAAGAAGACAAGAAGUCGCCUGGGAAGUAUAUAAUAAGGCUGCCGCUGUUGAAUGAUCGCCUGCUGUCGUAUCACGCGCAGUAUCUCGCCUUUCCCGAUGACUUCAGCGCGCAGUGUGAGAAGCAACAGCCAGAGGCGUCAACAAUGUUCGCUCUCGCCGACGUGCUCUACGGCUUCUACUACCACGUCUGGUUCAACGAAGCUCGAAGUUUCCUGCCGCUUUACGAAGUUCAUUACCGUUUGACCCGCUUGCCUGAAGUACCAAAGGAACGUCCUAUCUACAUCAAAGGUGAGAAGUCACCGAGGGAGCGAGACGAUGGCAGCAGCGGUCGGGACUCUAGCAAACGGAACUUGCCUCUGACGCCGUCAGAGGCGUGGCGCCUGCUGUCUGAAGAAGAUGACCUGUUACCAGCUGAGCCGUCUGAUUACUGCCCAUGUGAAUCGGCACAGCGCAUUCUCUCACAGUGCUCCAACCAAUACGAAGAUGCUAGUCAAAUCAAAACUGCGAUAUCGAGAAAAAGUGAAUCGAAAGGAACAUUACCCAGUGUGACUGUCGCCGGUCCCAGUCACCAGCCCACAAACUCAGAGCAAACACAAGACAGUACAGAGUCUCCAGUGGUGAAUGAACUGGUGGUUCCGCAGCAUUCUAAACUGUCGGUACCUCAGACCGAAUUCUUCAGGCCAGAUGCAGCUGUGUCACCUGAGAGACGUGACUUGCCAGAUGAAGCGUUACCACUAGAUCAGAGAUUGGACGAUUUGCAUCCAGCUCUUGGUACAAAUGCGACGCAAGAGUUACCAGCAGCAGAGAGAGUAGGGCCCCAACCACCACCGGAUCAGACAUCAGCUGCGCAGCCAGAGGUACGUGAUUUGGCAGCAGAUGCUUUACCAUCUUCAGAAAGGCUUGUGAGCGAACCUCCAACAGAUCAGACAUCGCGCAGAUUCUACCGGAGGCUUUUCUCGCUAGAUGAAUCGUUACCAGCUUCAGAAAGGCUUGUGGCUGAACCCCCACAAGUUCAGAAAAAGCGCAUAUUAAAAACUUGUGCCUGA